UUCCUUACUUACUCACCAUGGCACGUACUAAGCAAACGGCCCGCAAGUCCACCGGUGGCAAGGCGCCCCGCAAGCAGCUUGCCACGAAGGCAGCUCGCAAAUCUGCUCCUGCCACUGGAGGUGUCAAGAAGCCCCACCGUUACAGGCCAGGAACCGUGGCCCUCCGUGAGAUCCGCCGUUAUCAGAAGAGCACCGAACUGCUUAUCAGGAAGCUGCCUUUCCAGCGCUUGGUGCGUGAAAUUGCCCAGGAUUUCAAGACUGACCUCCGCUUCCAGUCCUCCGCUGUCAUGGCCCUCCAGGAAGCUUCCGAGGCUUAUCUCGUGGGUCUCUUUGAAGACACUAACCUGUGCGCCAUCCACGCCAAGCGUGUCACUAUCAUGCCCAAGGACAUCCAGCUGGCUCGUCGAAUCCGUGGCGAGCGUGCCUAAUAAGUGUGUCAUCCAAGGCAAGCAAGCAACAACAAACAAUAUCUAGGCCCUCUUCA